AUGGCCACCGAAUCCGCCUCCAAGCGCCUCAAGACCACCGACUCGUCGUCCGCCGUCACCAUCGGCACCCACAAUGGCCACUUCCACGCCGACGAGGCCCUGGCCGUCCACAUGCUGCGCACCCACAUCCCACGCUACCACGGUGCACGUCUGAUCCGGACCCGCGACCCCAAGGUGCUUGAGGCCUGCAACACCGUCGUCGACGUCGGCGGCGAGUACGACGCCGACCGCCUCCGCUUCGACCACCACCAGCGCGGCUUCACCACCGUCUUCCCCGGCCGCAACACCAAGCUGAGCUCCGCCGGCCUGGUCUACAUGCACUUCGGCAAGGAGGCCAUCGCCAACAGGCGCGCCUCAGCCGCCGCCGACCCCAGCACCGUGGACUUGAUCUACAACAAGGUGUACGAGUCGUUUGUCGAGGCCGUGGACGCCAAUGACAACGGUGUGAGCGCGUAUGAUUCAGAAGGAAUUGCCGCCGCCGGCCUGGAGAAGAAGUUCAGCGACGGUGGCUUCACGCUGGGCGCCAUGGUGGGCCGCCUGAACCCCAACUGGAACGACCCGGCGCCCAGCGACCCGGUCGAGGCGCAGGCCGCCGAGGACGAGAAGUUCGUCACUGCAAGCCAGCGUAUCGGGGAGGAGUUCGAUCGGACCUUGGACUACUACGUCAACGCCUGGCUACCGGCGCGCGCCCUGGUGGAGAAGGCCUUCACCGAGAGGCCGCAGUACGACGCGCAGGGCAGGAUAAUGGUGCUGAGCGGCCAGAGCUGCCCGUGGAAGGACCACCUGUACGCCCUGGAGGAGGAGAACAAGGAGGCGGGUAAGGUGCUGUACGUCCUGUACCCGGAGAAGCCCACGCCCGACGCCAAGUGGAGGGUGCAGACUGUGCCCGUGACCAAGGACUCGUUCGAGAGCCGCAAGGCGCUGCCCAAGGAGUGGCGCGGCGUGAGGGACGAGGAGCUGGACAAGGUGUCUGGCGUGCCGGGCUGCGUCUUUGUCCACGCGGCUGGUUUCAUUGGCGGGAACAAGACGUUCGAGGGCGCGCUCGAGCUCGCUAAGAAGGCGUUGGACUAA